GCCACCUUCAUGACUGGGCGCAUGCCGUUUCACACCGGCAUCAACAGAUGGAUCCCGGAUGAAGCUUACGGGCUCCCACUGAACGAGACGACCCUGCCGUCACUGCUCCAAAAGCUUGGCUACAGGCGCCACAUUGUGGGCAAGUGGCACCUGGGUUUCUUCAAGUCGGAGUACACGCCAACGUUCCGAG